AUGAGCUCCACUGGUGAGGUGAACGUAGCCGCCGGAUCAGCAGUGGAAGGCGAAGAUUCACGUUUCCGCGCCGGCGAUGCGUUAGACGAAGACGACGACGGGUCCGCAGCGGCCCCCUCGCCAACUUCGACAACUUCGGCUGCCACGAAGGUGAAGAAGAAGAAGUCGGCCAAGACGCCGUCCAACAGGUGCGUCAGCGGCAGCGUCAUCGAUGUUGGCGACAACGACGACGGCCAAGCCCUCUCUCGGUGCCUUGUGUACUGUCGACUGCGACCCACCAUCAAGAAAGAUUACAAGGAAGGCGGUCACGCGCUCGUCACUCUGGAGGACAAGCGCGUCGUCGUCAAAGAUGAGCGCCACUACGACUUUGACGGCAGCUUCGGCCCGCUCGCUGAGCAGGCGGAAGUGUUCGAAUCCGUUGCAAUCCCCUGCAUUGACCACGCCUUCAACGGCUUCUGCUCCGCGCUGAUGUGUUACGGCCAGACCGGCACUGGGAAGUCCUACACCAUGUGCAACACCGACCCCCAGCACCUCGGCAUCAUCCCCCGUGCGGCGAAGUACAUCUUCGAGAAGAUCCAAGCCAACGUGGUGGGAGACCCGACGCGCACGUACGCGGUGGCAGGCCAAUUUGUGCAGAUCUACCGCGAUAACCUUGGCGAUUUGAUGGUGCAUGAGGGCAAGGAUCGCGUGGAGAUCCACUACGACGAGGAGAACGGGGUGUCGCUGACAGGGUGCACCUCCCACGUCUUGGCAAGCUCGAAGGAGUUCAUGCGCUUCUACAACGAGGGAAAUGCGCGCCGCGUCAUCGGGUCAACCGCCAUGAACGCGGAGUCGAGCCGCGGGCACACCGCGAUGAUCAUCUACGUCACGUCCGAAGACACGGAGGACAUCGGCAAAGGUAAACUGCGCGGCAAGAUCACGUUCAUCGAUCUGGCCGGGUACGAGCGCUUUAGCAAGACUGGCAUCACCAAUGCCGACCCGAUCCGCAAGGAUGAGGCCAAGACGAUCAAUGCGUCUCUCCUGGCUCUCGGCCACGUCGUCAGCUCCCUCUCGGCCGGCACGAAGCACGUUCCUUGGCGCAAUGCGAAGCUGACGCGCAUCCUGCAGGACUCGAUCGGUGGGCGCAGCCGCACCUCGAUCAUCCUCACCGUUGGCCCCAGUAGCGAGCACCUGUACGAAACGACCAACACGCUUCAAUUUGGUCUGCGUGCCAUGGCUGUCAAGGUGGAGGCGAAGAUGUCUGUUACGGUCGACUACGUGAAGCUGUCGAAGAAGCUCAUGGGACUGCUGAGUGAGCGGGAUGAGCGAAUCAGCUCGUUGGAGGUGCAGAUCGCAAACCGCGACGCGGAGCGGCAGGAACUGCUUGAGCGCUAUCAGCGCGAUCGUGGCGACCUUGAGCAGCGCUUCGCCGCGGAGCUGCAGCAGCUGACCGCGUCCGGGGCAAGUGAGCAGCAGAUCCGCAACCUCAAGGAGGUCUACCAGGCGGAGAUCGAGAACCUGCAGGACCAGCAGCAGGAGGAAAUCGGGUACCAUGACGAGAUCCACUCGAAGGAGAUCACGCAGUUCAUCAAGGAGCAGAAGCACCAAGAAGCGAAGAGCCUGAUGGAGAUGAAGCUGGCGCAAGAGCGCCUGGUCGAGGAGUUCCAGCGGAAGCUCGACAACGCCCGCGGCGGGACGAACGAGGAUCUCGUGCGCGCGCUACAGCAACUCGCUGAGAAGGACGCCAUUCUCGCCUCGCGUGCGAACGACACGGCCCGCCUACACGCUACCAUCGACGUGCUCACAGCGCAGGUGCGGUCCUUCGGUGGCACGGUGCAGGCGGACGUCGACUUUCCAGAGACGUUCCUGGACGUCUCGCAGGUAGAGGAGAUGCGGGCCCGCCUGCAGGGUGAGGUGGAGCGCAACCACAACAAGGUAGUCGACCUCUCCACCCAGCUGGAUCGCGCCUCAAUGCUGGCGCACGAUCGCAUGGAGGAGGUGUCGAAGUUGCAGCAGGAAGCAGAGCGGCUGCACGAGAAGCUUGUCCAGGCCGGUGUGGAGAUCAGCGAGUCGAACGGGGAGCUGCAGGAGCUCCGCGAGAGGCGGGCCGAGCUGAUCGAUGUCGAAGAGCUUGAGAGCCUUCGCCUGCUCAUGCAGACAGACAUUGACGAGCUGCGCAGUCAGAGAGACGAACUGCAGGCAGAGUUGAGACGUGUGAACGAGGCGCGCGUGCGCGAGUCCAUGGCACGACGUCGCAACGUGCUGGACGGACCCGACACCCUAAAGCGCAUCCUUGCGGAGGACGUUGGGGAAGGCACGGAGGGCAUGGGCGACAGCGUCGCACGUGAGCAGGGGCGUUGUGACUCCAACGCUGCUGAUGGGGUGCACAAAACGGGGCCAAAGGCAAAGGCGAUGCAGAGGGCGUACAAGAAAAUGAUUCAAAAGCUGAACCGCCAGCUCUCGGAUAGUAGUCGUGACAGGGCUGCCCUCGUGCAACGCAUUCAGCAGCUCGAGCGCACGCUCACGCUCUACGGCAUCCCUGUGCAGGCGACACCCGGGUGCACCACGGAGUAUAAGGAGGCUGGGGCUAGUCACGGUGGCAACACUAGGGGGGGACCCGCUCGCCCAGACACCUCCGCGUCGGACCGGGAGAGCUCCGGCGCUGAGAGUCACUCAGAAGAGUCGCUGCUGACUGCUGGGAGCGCAGACGCCGCGCUCGUGCUGCUUUUCAAGGAGCAGGAGAUUGAGGUGCGGGAUGGCCUGAUCGCCCAACUUGAGAUGCAGUUGUCAAAGGCGGUGUCGGCAUACGAAAACGAUCAAAAAUAUAUUCAGGAGCUGAAGGCGCUGCUACUCGAUGCUGGUGAGACACCGCCAGAGACAUCGUCGAGCGGCUCGCAGCCGGUGGAAAGGGUGCCGCUCGACGAGUACAGCACGCUGCUACGGCAGCUCCGUACCCAUAACCGCAAGCUCCUAGUGGAGCUACUUGUGCUGCAGUCGCGCCAGAAGGCGGAGGCGACGGAGUCACCCAAGACCGAGCGGUUGAUCUUCGAGGAGCAGCUGGAGGAACGAGACACGGAGCUGGAGAUGAAGGACGAAAUGCUGCUUGAGAAGAACGCAAUGCUGCAGUACAUGGCGACGCUGAGUGCACGGCUCAUCAAUCAGAUGGAGGCGCUGGGCCUCGAGCCGUGCUGCCAUCUGCCGGAGCGCUACCAAGACCUUGUCAAGGCGGAGAAGGACCAGCUCGACAUCCAGGCAGCAAAGCAGCGUGAGCUAGAGGCGCAGCUGCAGCGGGAGCAGGACGAGAGGCAGAAGAUGAAACGGCUGCUCGAGGCGAUCAACACCGAGCGUGAACAGGGCGCCGCCGUCCUUCGGCAGACGGAGCUGCGCAACAAGGAACUGCGCGAGCGCGAGAACAGCGCGAUGACGGCACUGCAGGAGCUCACAGAGCGAACGAUACAGAAGGAAAUGAUGCGCGAUGAGGCACUGCGGCGCACCACGCACGAGCUUAUGGAGCUGCAGGCGCGUUACGCUAAUCAGCAGCACCGCCGCAGCUCCAACCUCUUCGAGCGGCUUCUCCGCAGUAUCAUUGAAUAG